GUUAGAAAUCUGAAAUCUCCCCCUCCUUUGUCGUCGCAAUUACUGCUCAGUGGCACCGCGCACGCACGCACGCAGGCACGCCACAGAGAAAAAUCCGGCCUCCUUCGUCGAUUGGAAAUAUAUAUAUAUAUAGUCUCAACGCUUCGUAGAUUUGACACCAUAACUAUGGCGGAUCAAAACGAUGGAGAAAUUCUGAUGCUGGAGGCUCCACCUUCUUAUGCUCGGCCCCGUGCUUCGGACGCCGAAAUUAUCGAUGCGUUGCCUUAUAUCGAUGUUGACUACGCCGACCCCAGGGUCAAGGCUGACGUUGACCGUUUGGUCGAGGAAGAGAUGCGACGCAGCUCUAAAAAGCCCGCUGAUUUUCUCAAAGACUUGCCCCCACCACCCAAGUUCAAUUUUGAGGACUACCCAAUGAUUGCUAGAGAGUAUGAGCGUGUAAGAGCUGGAAGGCCUCCUGUUCCUCUUGAUAGGUCGCGAUAUGAAUUAGAAAUGCCACCAAUGAAUAAGAGAAAUGAUGAAACUGCUUGGAAACAAUCGCUUCAGAGAGCGCAGCGAUUGCUACAAUAUCAAAUGAUCAGGAUGGAAAAUUUGGAUUUAUUGUUAAAAUAUGGUCCUGAUGCCUGGAAGCUGCACAAUCAACGAUUAGAAGUAUACUUGACAAGAAUGCAGAAAUUAGCCCAGGAACAAAAUGACAACAUUGAAAAAGUAAAUCGUGAAAGGAAAUAUCAUCAGCAAAACACUGCAUAUGAGCUUACUGCUUUGUCCACACAAUGGAAGGAACUUUGUCAGAAAAAUAUAGACAUCCAAGCUGCAUGUGCUUCAAUUGAAAACCACAUAGAAGAACUGAGAAGAGAAGCAGCAGAAAGGGGCUGGAACCUGGAUGCUGUCACUGAAAAUGGCCCUAUAUUGCAUUCAGAAUCGUAGAGGAUUUUCUGGACCACAAGUUGAGCACAUCCAAGAGUGCAUGGAAGAAGGUCAAUGCAAGGCAAAUUGAGGAUCCAUACGAUUUCAGUACUGGUUGGUUUGUCUUGGGAAUUCCCUUGUCACUCUACUUGGUCUCAAUGUCAUCGUUUAUAUUUAGUUGUGGACCAGGUGAUCAAAUUGAGAAUCAUCCAUGUGUGUUGGGUAUUUGCGAGGUUAUGUUGAAUUCUUCUCAGAUGAAAUGUAUGUAUUUGUUCGUGCAAACUGAUAAAAAGCAUAUUUUUAUUGGAGCA